AUGCAGCCCUACUGGCUGCUCCGAAAAGCCAUCUUUGUAUUGUUUCCAGCGUGCCCCACUGUGUCAGACACAGCAGUAAACAGCAGCUCUGAGAUCACCACCAAGGACUUGAAAGAGAAGAAGGAAGCUGUGGAGGAGGCAGAGAAUGGAAGAGAUACACCUGCCAAUGAGAACAUUCAGAAUGAGGAAAAUGAGGAGCAGGAGGCUGACAAUGAGGUAGAUGAAGAAGAGGAAGAAGGUGGGGAGGAAGAGGAGGAGGAGGAAGAAGGUGACGGUGAGGAAGAGGGUGGAGAUGAAGAUAAGGAAACUGAGGAUGAUGAGGAUGAUGAUGUCGACACCAAGGAGCAGAAGACUGACGAGGAUGACUAG